AAAAAAAGUAAAUAAAUAAAUAACAGAGUUGCAUAUGAUUAGAGAAUAAAAUGAAGUCUUUGGAUAGGGGUGGGACAAUGUUUUAGCACUGUGUUUGUUCCAGAUCUGGUUCUUUUGGUGGAAGACCAAACAAUAUUUCCAAUUGGAUAGUGAAUCACAGAUUAAGACUGUAGAUUCAAUUCAAUACAGUUUGAUUCGUACGGCGCUUUUAACGACGGACGUCGUCUCAGAGCAGCUUUACAGAAACAUAUAAACACAGGAUGGAGAUUUUAAGAGUGUGAAUUUAUCUCUAUUGAGCGAGCCGGUGGUGACGGUGGUGAGGAGAAACUCCCCGAGAUGAUACGAGGAAGAAACCUUGAGAGGAACCGGACUCAGAAGGGAACCCGUCCUCGUCUGGGUCACGACGGAUAGCGUGAACGUAGAUGAAGGCGGUUUCAUUAGGCUGCAUGAGUCCAGACAAUUAAACUAACCACAAUGAAAGACCCGUCAUACUAGCUCGAUAAUAUCCACGACUGAAGAAUGUGGCUUCAAUUAUUUGCGUUCAUAUUUAGCAUGUUCAAGACUUCACGUGACUAACAACCAGUCCUAUUCUGAUUCAUACAUUUGAGUACAAGCUUUUAAUGUACAAUGUGAAAUAAAAGACCGGUGCAUAUGGAUGAAUAAAUAAUACACUAUUUUGGUCCUAAAUUGAUGAAAUAGGUCCGAUUAGACGUUAAGCACCAAAGUCUCGCGGUGCCAGUGACCAUCUCCAAAUACGUGAGGAUACACGUCUGGAGACACCAGCGAGACCAGGAGACACAGUAAGGAACUUUGUAAGGGUGGAGUAAAGUAAAGUAGGGGCGGCAAUUGAACAACAGCGGCUUGUAAACGAAAGGUUUCUCGCUAAACACCAGUUAAACAUGUUUCGUCAGUGUUUUCCAGAAAGCUUCAUUCGCUUUGAAGUCACGACUGGCUCGAGAUGUUAUCGCUCCUCCGGAUGCUAACGUCGUACGAACUACAGGAAGUCGGAGAGUGUGUGUGGGGGCUUUAGAGGAGAGGAUAUCGCAUUGAUUGCGAUCAUUCUUGGUGCACUUCUCUACCAGGUUGUUGAAAGACUGUGUCCAGACAUGCAUUCUUGCUAUCCUGGCCCUGUGAGACUGCGUAAGCCGUACCAAACAAUAACAACUGUGUUGCAUCAUUCUCCAGAUGAACGGCGAUCUGCUUUACAAGUCUUCGGUUCUGUCUUGCAGGAUUAUCGCCGAAGCACAUUGUUUGCAUUCGUUAUUCCGACUCUGUAUAGUAACCGGAUGCGAACGCGCUGCACCGCGAUGCGUAAACCGUAGGGGUUCGGGACGUGGAUUUGGCUGAGCGAGCAUUCGUGAAUACAAGCAGAGCGCACUUCCUUAUGAUGACUGUCUGUCUACAUGCCAUAAAACGGAGCAGUGUUGUUUCCGGUCUGAGAAAGGUCCAUCGUUUCUGAAUCAAGCCAGUGAUCAGGAUGUGGUGUCUUGUCUUCAGAAAGGGACUGCACUGUGAUGUCAGGUGAUGUUAUUCAGGGACCUCUGACUGACUUGAGUGCCAGCUCCAGAACUGAGCCUACACUGGACCACAUUCCUGCUGUAUUACUAGAAUAAACACUGUCGGCAUGGGGGCCCUGGGAAACUUGUGCACGAAGAGUAAAUAUUUACACAACUCCGGUCUCCAUUCAGAACGUACUGGAUCUUUACUGAAUCCAGGUUGUGGUCCGGGCAAUUAGAAUUUACCAUCAAAAUAAAUCAUAAAUGCCAUCAUGAAUAAUAAAUCUGGUCCUGAAGUGGCUUUUAUUUUUUUUUUGGUUUUGUUUUGUACUAUAAAUAAAGUUAAAUCAUCGUAAUGUAUGUUUAUUACAGAGUAAUUAUCAUUUGCAUCUCGUACCACAUUGCAGGAAUAAUUCUCGGUGGUUGUUUUUUUUUCCCUUCAUGUUUGUCGUGCACUACUAUAGAGUAACCUAAACACAAGGGAUCUUUCUUUCCAAUCUAGCGCGGUUUAAAAACCCUCGUCACGCUUGAUUCCUCGUCAUGGUUUUUCCAGAGGAAGUAGCAUGGCCGUUGUUCCUUUGCCUUUUGGACUUGUCAGGCAGAACGCGCCCCAAAGCUUUUGGCACCCGUCUGGAGCUGCUGGCUCUCCGUCAUUCCCUCCGUCUGUGUGUGUGGCCCUUUCUGUUCUGAUCGGUCGAGCGUGGGCCAACGCUGGCUAACACCUGUCCCCAGCGACUGCAUUGUCGUUAGUUCUGCCAAGUAGCUCCUCCAUGUGAGCGAGCAAGGCCAGUUAAUGAGAAUGUGAAUUUGGAGAGACUGCUGUGGUGUUUAAGAAGCAAGCCAGGUGCUUAUGCGUCUUAUCUGAGCUCUCUAUCUGUGUCACCUGCCUUUAGAUUUGCCUACCUCUCCAUUUUAAGCAGGUGAGUUGAACUUGGAUGGCUGGAAGUAGGAGGGGGUGAGAACCUAUUCGCUGUUUUUCUGAGCAUGCUUUUAAAGAAAGCUCCCACGUAUACCCCAUUUAAGAAUAUUUAACAUCGGAUAUAAAAGAAACUGUUGGUUAUUGCCAUUUAAUACAAAUUAUCUUGGUUUUUCAAAAACGGAAUUUGUGUGUAAAUGUUUUCGUAAGCCAAACCCGAAUGAAAUAUCUCCACCGGAUUUUACGAAACUUUCGGCGACCCCGAUUUUCUACGUGUUAACGUGCAUAGGCUAGUGCCAAUCAAAGCGCAAAGCGCACGCAACACUACAGCUCAUCCGCAUUUAGUGACGCCCACAAAACUCCUUAAAAAGUCAAGCUUACAGGGAGCUGAAUUCACAACUUGAGGACAAAACCGCGACGUGGAGGCGCGAGUGGAAGUGUAUGUCAAUAAAGAAUAACACUAAGCAGCGUAAGAGCAUCUAUAAAGGCGAAUUACAGACAAAUUUGCGUUAGCUAGGAAUUAUAAAGAAGGAUAAAGUCUCUCACUUCAGCCUCUUGCGUACCGCUCCCUUCCCAGUACCGUGUUGGAAUAGCAGGCAGGAAUGUGCCGUAAGGAAACCCGAUAUAUAUUCGGAAUGCCUGAUGAUGGCAUGCAAGCACAUACCAGAUCGGUCACUUAUCGGUCACCUAGUCAUGGCUCUAAAGUGUCGCUCGGAAUUAAAAGAAGAUCCCGACUUAUACGGAACCAACUUCUGAGCCGUUGCAGCAUACAGAGCCAUUACUUUUGUCUUAAUUGAACGACUGGUCUUAUUUGUCUUAAUUUUAGAGAUUUGUAUCUGUUGGAUUUCUUUAAUGAAUCUUUUUUUUUUUUUUAAUCCAUGGUUAAUUGAUACCAUUAACAUAAGAUUCCUGGAUUUCAGGAAAUGUAAAUUAUAUUGGUGUUUAUGAAAUUGCGAUGACUUCGCCAACUAUGCGAUUUGAAUCUGAUCGACGUACAUUAGUUAGCCGACUUGUAUGUAAAUGUACGCAAACUCGGGAGCUCUCGUAAGACGCUGGCAGGAACAUUCGUGGAACACGUAUCAGAUCUCUUGUGUAAACGCUCCGAAUCGAUUCAUUCGUAUCCGGCUUGAUAAAUGAGGCCCAUUGUGUGUGUGUGUGUGUGUUUGUGUGUGUGUGGUAGCGUCUACCAAAGUACUUCUUUCCAUUAGGUAUGGAUCUCCCUGGCACAACCCUGCUAAUUAUUUUAUAAGUACACCUCAGUUAGGAAUCUUCAGUUAAAUCAAUUCCUGCGAAACCAUCCUAUUAUCUGGACAUGCCUCAUACCGUGCUCUUCACACCCGGCAUGUGAUGUGAUGUGAAGUGAGUGGAGAGACUUGGAGAGGAAGCGGUUACAGCAGCAGGUUGGUAUGAGGGUGUGGAAAGGGUGCUGGCUGAGCUCCAGACUCACCUGUCCUCACGGCCACACCUAAAGGAAUGCGGCAGGUAGUGUGGCAAACGGCCAUCAGCAUAACGGCAGCCGAGCAUGUGAAGGGAAGAGUGCGGUUAUCUGGGGCACGGAGCGAAGCCCAGGACUCGCUCCUGUCCGUUAAGUGAAGGAUUUGAGGAUCUAAGGCACCAUUGGUGAGAGGAAUACUGACUAUUCGUGAGUGCUUUCUGUAUUUUCCCUGUGUUGUCUUUCUUUUUUUUUCUUUUUUUUUUUAUAAAUCCAAGGAUAUAUAAUUUUGACAUUUCACUCUGAGGGUAGGAAUAAUAAACCCAAGCAUAAUUGAAGUGAUCGGGAACGAAUCCAUAAAUGAAGUAUAAGACCUCGAGUAUAUCUUAGUGUUGAUUUAUUACAGCAUGUAGCAAUAGAUAUUUGUCUUGUAUGAUAUGUUCGGUCAAAUCUAUAAUAGAAACGAUGAUCGUCCUGCAGUCUUUGAUCAUGUCGCUGAAACGACAUUUGCAAACAGUUUUAACCUGUGCAAAAUCUUCGUAUACGUCUCUAAGCGUUGGCGCAGCGGCCGUGUAAACAGUUCAUAGACAGAAGGGUAAACAUUCCCCCAUUUCCUUCGUUCUCCAGGCUGAGGCUGACACACUCCAUGCCUCUAAAGUGUCAUUGACAUGACCACGCUAAGGCUCCGGGGUCAGAGCCUUUGGAGACGCACACAGCCUGGAGACCUAUCUGUGGACUUCGUGGAAUCCUGGAUUCCACAAAUUCACUCUGGCUGGGAAUAAACAGUUUAUCCGAAUCAGUCAAGGAACUUCAAGUUCCAGCGUCCGCCGUCAGGGGUGUGGGGAGACGAGCCAUCUGGGUGUCGUUUCUCCGUUUUGGGGGACGAUUAGUUCUAGUCGUACUAACCCGAAACCUUCUCGCGUGAUGUUUGUGUGCAGUUAAAUAAGUCGUUGUACUUGAGUAAGGAAAAGAGGGACAUCUUGUACCCCAAUUGCGUGGUCAGGCCUCGGAGAUCCAUUUCAGAGAUCCUUUUUUGUUGUUGUUGUUGAACGGCGACGUGGAGUUCUGUGCUUUCAGCGCGUCAUCAGAGAUUUACUGUAGGAACUCGCUAAUGGUUGCUGUUCUCCACAUGCAGUCCAAAACACAAGAAGAAGAAGAAGAAGAAAAAAAAGAGGCGGAAUGAGUUAGGGGUGGUCCUUGGAAUCGGAUGUGUCCUGUGGAAUAAUUGUUUUAAGGAAAGAAACAUGUUUUCCAUAAUGUUCAAACUGUGAAUAAACCAAAACUUUGGAUUCCUACGAAAAUGUUUGUAGGAUCGCUUGAGCGGUUGAGUUUCCCAUAGCGCUCGUGUUAUUUUUGCCUAGAGCAGCUCAAAUCCCCUUGAGUAAUCCUCUGUAAAACUAUGCACAUCCUCACAUCCUGUGUUUUGAACGGAGCUUUUCUCGGACCGACUGCUUUCUCUUUCUACCGACUUACUCGGGCUCUGGUCUUAACUACGACACGGUACUGGCCUCUGUUCAGACGCUGCCCAAGUCACACAGCUGCAGGGGAAAAAACAAGGGUACUUCUUUUUUAGUUUUUAGUGUCACGGCCAGGAAACGAGUGUCCAGCGAGCGCCCUAUAGUCCACAUUCCUGACCCCCCCCCACCCUCUUCGACAUUCUGAGAGCCCCCUCUGCUUGUCUAUGGACCCCACCCCCAUUGUUCUAGCUGGUGAGAGUGCCUUCCUGUUGUAGAUUGGCUGGGCGUUCGGGAGCUCGCGGGAUCGCCUGUGCAUUUUGGAGCACCUUGAAGAGCUUGUGGUGAGCAGCGGGCCGGGCCAGAAUCGGCGCCAUGAGCGGCCAGCAGUGAACCGGGACGCCAGUUUCGACAGCCACACAGCUCUGAGGAGGGAGAGCCAGUGAGGGCACGGGAGGGGGAAUGAAAACUUGUGGGAAGAGCAACAGGAAAUGGAAGUUACAAUGUUUCGGAAAAAAGCUUCGUCCUCCUUGAGAAUGCGGAGAAUAUCAGAAAGGGGCGUGGACCGCGGCCGGAGCUCCUCCUUCCAUGAGGUGGGCGGCUUGCGAGAGCUGGAAAUGAGGGGGGCAGCCUCCGUUUCCGAAGAAACCUCGAGCGCCGGUGCGAGCGGCGGAGGCCACACCGUCCUCCAGCGACUUCUGCAGGAGCAGAUGCGCUAUGGCGAAGGCAGAAACUACCUCGCCUUGCAGCAGCAGCAACAGCAGCAGCAGCUGCAGCAGCAACAACAGUCACAGCCGCAACAGCAGCAACAACAGCAGCUCCUGGGCCCAGGAGACGAGCACUCCAUGGUCCCACACAUUGCCCGACAGGAGCCACAGGGCCAAGAGCUGCAGGCAGACAGUGGCAUGGAGAAGCAGCUGAACCCCCGAGGCGCAGGUGGUGGAGGAGGAAGUGGAGGAGCCGGAUCCCAAGGACAGAACCCUGAGGACUUGCCUUCGUACGAGGAAGCCAAGGUGCAGUCACAGUACUUCCGUGGCCACCAGCCACAGCCACAGCUUGGCCCGACGGUGGGCGCUGCAUUCUACGUCACCGGCGUUACCAACGCAAAGGUACGUCCUCCGGAGGGCCGCCCCGCGGUACAGCGGCUCGGUGCGGCCAAAGUGCACCAGGAUGAUGGCCUAAAGGACCUCAAGCAGGGUCAUGUGCGCUCGCUCAGUGAGAGACUUAUGCAGCUUUCUCUGGCCACCAGCGGCGUCAAAGCCCACGCACCCGUCACCAGUGCGCCACUCUCACCCCAGCUGCCUCAACCGGCAGGGGACUACUACAAACCGAUGGGACCUCACCGCGGCCCGCCCCCAGACUAUCCCUAUAAAGGUCUACACUCACCACCCAAACAGCAGCAGCAUCACCAUCCACAGCACCAAGAUCCAGGACACUACUAUUCAGACCACCGUGGCUCAGCUCAGCAGUCCAGAACCGACGUCCCUCACGUGCGAUACCAACCACCACCCGAGUAUGGAUCUUUCCGCUCCAAUAAAGAGAGCUCAGGACACUCCCAGAGGCCCAUCCAUCAACACAGCCCCACAUCCUCGGUCACCUCGGUGGGUUCGCUGUCCCGCGCUCAGUCCUCCACCCUCAGCAGCAUCCUGGCUUCUUCCCAUUCUUCUCCACACAUGGCACACCAGGUUGAACAGCAAUUCACAAUGGGGCCACGGAGUCCACAGGGGCCGGGCUCGUAUCAGGGCGAGCCAUACGGCCCAGGCCCGGCUCACCCAGCGCCUCAUCAACGGCCCCAUGGCUUCCCUCACGACCCCUAUGGCUCGGCACCCAGGGGCCUCCAUCUGCACCAGCACCAGUUCCAUCUUCAGGGGCAGCAGCAGCAGCAGCAGCAGCAGCCUGGUCCAGGGCAGCACUACCCACACCCCCACUCGCUCCAGGGUGACCCCUUUGCCCUGUUGGCACGUGCCCAGCAGAUGGUCGACAUGCUCACCGAGGAGAACCGGCAACUCAAGCAGGAGAUGGAGGUGUGUGGCGAGAAGGUGUCCAAGCUGCAGAAGCUAGAGACCGAGAUCCAGCUGGUGUCCGAGGCCUACGAGAACCUGGCCAAGUCCUCGUCCAAGAGGGAAGCCCUGGAGAAGACCAUGAGGAACAAGCUGGAGCUGGAAGUGCGCAGGUUGCACGACUUCAACAGGGAUUUAAGAGAACGUAUGGAAACAGCCAACAAGCAGCUAGCAGCCAAAGAAUGUGAGGGCACGGAGGACAACCGCAAAACCAUCUCUCAGCUUCUGGUUCAGAACAAAGAGACCCAGCGGGAAAAGGAGAAACUCGAGAUCGAGCUUAACGCGCUGCGCUCCACCAACGAGGACCAGCGAAGGCACAUCGAGAUCCGUGACCAGGCCCUGAACAACGCUCAGGCUAAAGUAGUCAAACUGGAGGAAGAGCUUAAGAAGAAGCAGGUCUACGUAGAGAAGGUGGAGCGGAUGCAGCAGGCUCUGGCUCAGCUGCAGGCUGCUUGUGAGAAGAGAGAGCAAUUGGAGCACAGAUUACGCACACGGCUGGAGAGAGAGCUGGAGUCACUCAGGAUGCAACAGAGAUCGGGAGGCUCGCAGAACCCCACGGGUCCCGAGUACAGCACGACGGCCCUGAUGGAGCACCUGCGUGAGAAGGAGGAGAGGAUUUUGGCUUUGGAGGCCGACAUGACCAAAUGGGAGCAGAAGUAUUUAGAGGAGAGUGUCAUGAGACAGUUCGCCCUGGACGCCGCAGCAUCUGUUGCCACGCAAAGAGACACUUCAUCGUCUAUGAUCAGCCACUCGCCCAGCAGCAGCUACGACACCUCGGUGGAGGCGCGCAUUCAGAAGGAAGAGGAGGAGAUUCUCAUGGCCAACCGCCGCUGCCUGGACAUGGAGAGCCGCAUCAAGAACCUCCACGCGCAGAUCAUCGAGAAGGACGCCAUGAUUAAGGUUCUGCACCAACGUUCGCGCAAGGACCCGGGCGUCAAAGCCGACGGCCCGUCCGCCAUGCGCCCCUCCAAGUCGCUCAUGUCCAUAGCCACGGGCUCGAGCGGAUUGGGCAGCUCGGGAUUGCUCUCUCACUCGCUGGGGCUCAGCGGGAGCAGCCCGAUUACAGAGGAACGCAAGGAGGACCGCAGCUGGAAGGGCAGUCUGGGCGUGUUACUGGGGCCAGAGUUCAGAGGUGACUCCUUGAGGACCGACUCCAUCUCGUCUUCUCCGUCUCCGGUGCUGCCGUCCACCCCGAUGCCAGCCACUGCCCACUCGAAGACGGGCAGCCGGGACAGCUGUACGCAGACAGACAAGAGUCAGGAGUCGAGCAAACCCAGCACCCCGGCACUGCAGAGCGUAGCAGCCAACAACCGCAUCAGCAGCCCCAGUCCUGUAUAUAUCCCCGACCGUAUCGCAGACGUUCCAGUGUUCCACAGCAAUACUCUGGAGAGGAGAGCGCCAGUGCAGUCUUAUCCUACACAACCACAACCACAGUCACAGCCACAAAAACAGGAGGAUGUAGAUAACGAGAUGGUGGAAAUACUCAUCUGAACCGUGUAACACACACACACACACACACACACAACAGGUGAGUGCGCUCUACAUCGCGCGCUCGUGUUAGUACUUUUAGGGACACUCAUGGUGUAUUGAAAUGCACUACGUUUUUAUGCCUUGUAUAGAAUAAUACACCGUGUCAGUUACGAGUGACGUUUUGUACAGUAUUCCGUGGUGGCAUUUCGACUCUCGAGUUUAGGACCAAAAUGUAUUGGCGAUUUUUUUAUUUUUGCUUUUAUUGCACUACUUUCUUUUCCUUUUUUCUUUCUUUAAGCUUUUCGAUAUUAUUUGAACUCUUAUUAGAUAGAGCACAUAUACCAAUGUUAUCAAUCUUUGGCACUUGAGUUAGUCGUUAUUUGUAAAUACUGUAUCUCGAUACUGUAAGACCACAUGUAAGACAGGAGGCGUGAAUGUGUACGGUGAACUUUAAAGGCACUGCCGGAGUGUUGAAGGCGGAGUACUGACCUCACAGAAUUGUGCGGUCUGUGGUUUUGCUGUGUAUGCAAAAAAAAAAAAAAAAAAAAAAAAAGAAAAAAAGAAAAGAAAAAAACCCAACUGGUUUUGGGUGUGUGUACGCAUGUGAUGUGAGUCAAUCUGUUGGUUUUGUUUUUUUUGGGGGGGGUGGGUUUGGACCAGCAAGUGUCCUUCUUUCCAUUCGAGCUGCGGGAGCGUCACUGUGCACAAACCUCGCCACGCCUCAUGCCGUGGUGAACACCAGCAGUCAUUUCAUACGUCACGGUCUCCACGUCUCUCCCCAUUUCAGACUUUCUUUUUCUCUUCGACACGAGGGUUACUGUAAUUGACGUUGUCUGUUAUAUACAGUGUAGUAUGACGUGUAGCGUGUGAGAAAUUCCAGGGAGUUCACAAUAUACAUUUCGCUUUUGACCAAAGGACAACAGAGAGAAUGCACACCUUGUAUACGUGUCAUUAAAAAAAAAAAAAAAAAAGAGGCGUUAACGAAUUAUGUUCCACUGGGCAAAAACAGCUGGAUUGAAAUGGUUGGUCUGCUAAAUUAAGCCGAUUAAUAUGUCAUAUAUGUUUGUUUGUUUGUUUGUUUGUUUGUUUUGCUCAGUGGGUUCUUGACAUUGUCUUAAAAUCUAUCCUCUAAACAGUUCAUAUCAUUUCUUUUUCUUUUCUUUUUUUCCCCUUCCCUCCAAAUCCAGGAAUGUUCAAAAUUUGGUCAUCAUCAUAUGUUUAUCUCAAGGCACUGAAAAUAUACCGUCAGUGUAUUAUUAUAUUUGCAAUUGUUGUAUUAAAUUAAAUGUUAAAAUGAC